GUGCGCGCGAGGAACUGGGGUCAUAAAGACCUUGAGGUUAUAUUUACCUAUUCAAAUCACAAAUAAACGAAAAUGACGGAUUGUUUGCGAGAGCCGGCGUUUGUUGUUGGAGAAAUUGACAAUGAAAUUAAUUUCUCCUUGCCACCAGCCUCAGGGGAGGAGUAUAUCAAAAGAGUAAUAAUAGAAGCACAACGAUGCUCGGAUAUUGUGGUGGCAGACAUUGACUCUAGACAUUUUGGGCAACCAACGAUUGAUGUCGAACCUUUAUCAGGAUGUGUGGAAGCCCCUCCAUGUCUUGGCCCAAUGCUAGACUGGCAGCAGUGUCAAGUAUUAGAUUUCUCCAACAUAAGAUUACACAUAAGUCAAAUGAAGAACGAAAUUCAGACAGCAAAGCGUCAAUGGAAACCUCCUCAAACUAACUUGCCAACUAUAGAGGAUGGAAAGGGUUGGAUACAAUUUUGUUCUGGUCAUAAUGAGGGCCAGAAAAAUGUUCCUUCUUUGAACACUGUACUUUGUCUGAAUCAACCAAUGGUGGAGCAAAUUCUGGAGUACUUGGUGGAGUACAUAGGGACCCAGAAGAAAUUGGACUACGAAGUGGGGCAAUGGCUGUAUGCACUACUAGUUGUUUUGGAAAUGCCUCUAACACCAAAUAUGUGUUCUUGUUUGCGUAGCGCGGCUAGGACAUGCUCGAUCAUCCGCGCAAAUUCGAAAAACUUGGAAGUACAUGAAAUAGGGGCACUGAAUUUAUUUAUAUGCCUAGUUGCAAGGUAUUUUCGUCAGCUGGACAUGGCUGACCCGUAAAAGCCUAUUUCCUAAAGUGCUAUUACAAUUAUACUCGUCUGUUUCAAUAAAAUCAAUCGUUUCGUACAUUUAGUGUUGU